CCUAGAACGCACGCAAGUAGCGUCUUGGUAGUUCGAGCGAUGGCAACUUCGGGGGUACAAGGUCAUGAAGCCCUAAACUGUUUGAGAUCAACGGAACCUCCCUUAUGGCUUGCUCCGUCGACUUCGCUUGCUGAAACAGCGCGCGUUGCCUCACAGCAUCUCUUCUCUGUCCUCAGACCCCACGCCCCAAAGUCGCCAUUCGAUCAGCUCCUGAGCAAUGGUUUUGAUGCAGAGCAGAUUUGGCAGCAAAUUGACCUCCAGUCCCAGCCACUUCUCUCCCGACUUCGACGUGACAUCAGGAAGUAUGAGAAGAGCCCGGAGGAAAUUUUGAAGCUUGGUAAAGUUGUUGAUGGUGGCGAUGGCAUGGAUGUGAAAGGUUUUGAUGAUCAUGAGGAGGAAGAGGAUGUGGAAGGAUUUGAUGAUGAUGAUGAGGAGGAGGAGGAGGAGGAGGAGGAAGAAGAAGACGGGGAAGGUGAGGAGAACGAAAGAGGUGAGGAAACAGAUAGUGAAGAGGGUGAGAGUGAGGGAGGAGAAGAGGAAAAUGGGGAAAGAGGAGGGGUGAUAGAAGAUGAAUUCUUGAAGAUAAAGGAAUUGGAGGAGUUUAUGGAGGAGGAUGAAGCUAGGGAGUACGGGUUAGAAACAAAAAAGAAGGAAAACAAUAAGAAGAAAAGUGACCAUGGUAGGGAUGAAGAAGAGGAGGAGGAGGAGGAGAAGAAAGGAGAAAAAGGGAAAAAAGAAGAUGAUGCCGAAGAGGAAGAUGAUGAGCUUGACAUUUUUGGUUAUGGUGGUGAUGAAGAUGAAGGCUUGGACAAUGCCAGAUAUGAAGAUUUCUUCGGGUUGAAAAAGAAGAAGGUUUCAAAACAAAACACUAAACCAAUUGAUGGCUCAAAGGAAGACUCAGAAUCAGAUGAUGGAAAAGAUGAAGAUGAGAGAAACAAUAAUCUUUCUAAAUAUGAUGGCUCAAAAGAACAUUCAGACUCAGAUGAUGGACAAGAUGAGGAUGAGAGAAGCAAUAAUCUUUCUACUCAUGAAAAACAACUUAAGAAGCUUCGAUCUGAAAUCAAGAAGAAUGAGAAAGCAAAUUUGGAGCCAAAAACUUGGACGAUGCAAGGAGAGGUAACUGCUGCAAAAAGGCCAAAGAAUAGUGCACUAGAAGUUGAUUUAGACUUUGAACAUAAUUUAAGGCCUGCUCCUGUAAUCACAGAGGAGGUUACAGCAUCACUUGAGGAGAUAAUACAGAAAAGGAUUGUUGAGGAACGGUUCGAUGAUGUGCAAAAAGUGCCUACCUCCCUCGUUAAAGCACCAAGAGAACUGAAGGAGUUGGAUGAGAAUAAGAGUAAGAAAGGUCUUGCGGAAGUUUAUGAGGAUGAAUUUGUCCAGAAGACGGAUCCUGCUUCUGCUGCACUGUCUUUCUCAGAUGAACAGAAGAACGAGGCAAGAACACUGUUCAAGAAAAUAUGCUUCAAGCUGGAUGCUCUUUCUCAUUUCCACUUUGCUCCAAAACCUGUUAUAGAAGAUAUGUCUAUACAAGCAAAUGUUCCCGCUCUUGCUAUGGAAGAGAUUGCACCUAUGGCAGUAUCAGAUGCUGCCAUGCUGGCUCCAGAGGAAGUGUUUGGCGGAAAAGGUGACGUCAAAGAAGAAGCAGAACUGACGCAAGCCGAGAGAAAAAGAAGAAGAGCAAACAAGAAAAGGAAAUUCAAGUCUGAAGCAGCAAAAAAGACCGCCAAGAAGACACGAGAGAGCAGUUUACAAAAUCACAAUGGCAAGGAAGAACAAUGAAAAUUUUCAAUCAGCAUGAACAUUCAUGGAGAGAUCCCCUGACCCUUUCGAAGUCUUGGCUUCAAUUCUAGAAAGGAAGAUAAACCCCUUGGGAGGCUGGGGUGGGGAGAAAAGAGAACCCUUGAGAAGAUCAACCAUUCAUUUCAUGUAUUUCCAGAUUUUCUUUUAAGAGGUGGUGAAAGGGUAGGGACUCGAUUAAUGGAAGCUUUUUACAGAAGGCGGCUGAAUUGAUGGCUGUGAAUGACUGUAACUUGAGGUUAUAUUGAGUUUCCUUGCUGAAUAUAUAUAUAUAUAUAUAUAGAGAGAGAGAGAGAGAGAGAGAGAAUGUUAGCAGCUGCGUAAUCACGUUUUAUUUGGGUCCUA